GAACAACAACAACAUCACACAAAACAAAACAACAACAAGAAAUAGGCAAGCAUCAUGGCGGCCCCCAUGCACUAUUUAUGCUGCUGAGUGCACGGACAAUGUUCAGCACAGCCGAAAGAUUGAAGGAACGAACGGGGAAGAAAGGUUUGCCCCGCUUUGAGUAUUUGCAGGAGCUUGUCACGGAGUUUCAGGACACUACAAGCACUGAGGCCAAACAACAGGUCCUUGCAAACUUAGCAAACUUCGCCUAUGAUCCGAUAAACUACGACUUUCUACGAAACCUCAAAGUUAUUGAUCUCUUUCUUGACCAAUUAGCGGAGUCUGACAGCAUUUUGCAACAGUAUGCCAUCUGUGGUCUUUGUAAUUUGUGUCUAGAUCCUCAGAACAAGGAGUACAUCAUUCACAACGGUGGCGUUCAGGCAAUAGCAAUCUGUCUCUCAUCUGCCAACGAGCAGACAGUACUCUCUGCUAUUACUACCCUGAUGUUCCUCAUUGCGCCCGAGUCCAAAGAUCUGAUCACCGCGGUGGAGAUAGUGGAGUGCAUGGUGCGCCUCUCCCGCAGCGCCAACCCUCGCCUGCGCAACCUGGCCACCGUGUUCCUGGAGGACCACUGCACGCCGGCCCAGGUGACGGCGAUCCGCAAGCAGGUGGAGACGGCCAGCAUCCCGGUCACCGUCCUGGAGGCCGCCGUCAUGACGUGGGCGCGGUGGCGGGGCCCGGCGGCGCGGCUGUGCAGACUGCAGAGGCUUCAGCACACGCAGCCUCGGCCCAGGGCGUCGCUCAAGCCCGGCGAGAAGGCCACGCUCGUCCGCCGCAUCACCGAGGCCGACGUGCGCGUGUUCGGCGCGCUCUGCGGCGACGCCAACCCCGUGCACUCGACGGGCGUGCCCUCGGGGCCGGCGGACGGCGGGGCGAGCCGCGUGCUGGUGCACGGCGCGCUACUCAACGCCCUGGCCUCGGGGGUCAUCGGCUCCCAGCUGCCCGGGCCCGGCUCCAUCGUCGUCGGCCAGAACCUCCGCUUCCCGCGGCCGUGCCUCGUCGGCGAGGAGGUGACCGUCGUGGUGGAGGUGAAGGAGGUGCGCAAGAUCGUGGAGGUGGCGUUCCGGUGCAUCGUGGACGCCGCGUCGGACCAGCCCAAGGUGGUGAUGGAGGGCAACGCCAAGCUCAUCAUGGCCGAGCUGGCGGGGCCGUCUGCCAGCGGGGAGGGCGGCUAGGCCUUCCCUUCCCCCGCGGCUCGCUCAAGAGCCCCCGUUUGUUAUUGUUCCAUCGAGUCAGGAGCGUAGUCUUUUCCAAGCGCCGUUUUUAAUAAAACUUAAUUAUGUAAAUGAGAAAAGGUGAGAGUGACGACUGAAAUAAAGUGGUGAUCUUUUUGUA